AUGGAGACGCAGCGCCAGUGCUUCAGGGGCUUCCACUAUCGGGAGGCAGAGGGGCCACGGGAGGUUUACGGCCACCUUUGGGAACUUUCCCGUCGCUGGCUGCAGCCAGAGACCCGCACCAAGGAGCAGGUGCUGGAGCUGCUGGUUCUUGAACAGUUCCUGAGCCUCCUGCCUGAGGAAAUGCAGAGCUGGGUGCGGGAGCAUGGCCCGGAGAGUGGCCAGGAGGCCGUGGCCCUGGCAGAGGAUUUCCAGCUUGUUCCCCAGGAGCCUGGGUGGCCGCCCCAGGCCCCAGUGACCUUGAAGGCGGAGGUCGUGUGUACCUCUGAAGAGAUGCCCGGGAAGGAGGACAAGCAGAGGAACGCCACGCUGGCAGUUCACGACACACUGGAUUUUCCACCCAUGGCCCAGAUGCUGUCUUCUGGCUGGAAGGAGGGGCUGAGACCAGCUGACGGGAUCAAGACUGAGGAGGAAGUGAAGGAGGACAAUCAUCAGGAGCAGGCUCCCAAGAAGGCCAAUCUGUCUGGGCUGGCACCAGCAGAACCCAAAGGGAUCCCUCCCCUGCGUGGGGCCUGCAAGGGCCAGUACCGGCCGAAGCAGCUGCCAAGAGCCCACCCUGGGAAGAGACGCCAUGGGAGAGGAGGUGUCAAGAAGCUGCAGGACUUCAUUGUGCAGCAGAUCCUGCAGCAGUGGGAGAGGCUGGGGUGGCGUGCUGGCCUUGCCCGGCACUCGCGCCAUGCCCAGCCACAGGGCACAGGUGAGGAGGGACAAGCUUUUCAGUGCCCAGUGUGUGCGAAGAGCUUCGUCGAGAGCUCGGCGCUGAUCCGGCAUCAGAGGAUCCACACGGGCGAGCGGCCUCACCCGUGUGGGGAGUGCGGCAAGUGUGUCAUUGAGAGCUCGGACCUGCACAAGCACCAGUGGGUGCACACGGGCAAGAAGCCCUACCCACGUGAGGAGUGCGGCAAGCAGUUCAGCGGCAGCUCCAACCUCAUCCAGCACCUGCGCACCCACACCGGGGAGCGGCCCUACCGCUGCACCGAGUGCGGGAAGAGCUUCUCGCAGAAUGCCACCCUCAUCACCCACCACCGCAUCCACACUGGCAAGCGCCCCUACAAGUGCCAUGCCUGUGGGAAGAGCUUCGGUGCCCACUCCACCCUCUUCCAGCACCAGCGCACCCACAUGGGCGAGCGCCCCUACCAGUGCACCCAGUGCGGCUGCUGCUUCAGCCGCAGCUCCUACCUCGUGGUCCACCAGAGACUUCAUGGGGGGUAG